AUGUUGGUCUGGUUCAUACUUCUCGUUGUCUCUUCAGACGGUAGCAGAAAGUUUCGUCGAAAUCCUAACACUAGUGAAGUGUCCCUGUUCAACGUUUGGAUUCAACCGCCUCCUAAUGUGGAUCGCAAUCGUAGUGAACAGCAGCAAAUCGAUGGACGAUCGUACGAUUUCUCGUUAUUGUGUGCGGACGGGAUUCCUCUGCUGAUGGAGGACCAUCGACCUCAACCCUGUCAUCCGCGGCCGUGGCUUCGCAAGCAAAAAUGCCCUUCCGGUUUUUGGUGUCACGAAGGAGACGACGAGUCAAGUCAUUAUUGUUGUCCAAGAAAUAGGAAAGUUGCUAACCGAUGUCAUCUCUCGCCAGCGAUUGGACAUGGGAAGAAGGCGUUGAGACGAUUUUACUACGACUGGGCCAGUGACGGGUGCCAUGAACUCACCUAUACUGGUUUGGGAGGGAACGAGAACAGCUUUAUCACUUACGAACAGUGCGAAAACGCGUGUAGAGGAGUUGGAGAGCCAGCAGUAGAGGUUCCUGAGAACGCCAAACUUUCUAAGAAUAAAAAAGUGACGAAAUUGCCUUCGUCCACUGUUCCGUCAACAGCUACGAGUAACACUUCGCCCGCUACGACGACUGUGGUGUCAACUUCAAGAAAUGAGGACAUGACAACGACAGCGGGACUGAUAAGUACAGAUCGCCCUUCAGUAGAUGUUACAGUGCGAAACGCAAGCACUACUGCAGGCCUAAGAACAACAACUCGAACAACCACAAUCCAUGCUAUUACCAUGAAAAGUCUCGAAGUAACAACACCUGAAGUGACAACAGCUGAACAUGGGAAUCACCUCCCAUCAACACGUUGGAUGGGAACAAAUCCCUGUGAGCAAGAUGCUGAUGAGGGACAUCCAAGAGAUAUUGCUCGAAAAAUGUGGUACUUCGAUAAGUCAGCAUUGUCAUGUCGGCCAUUUACAUAUCUCGGCUCUGAUGGAAAUGCAAAUCGAUUUGUGGAUCAGAACCAAUGCUUGCGAGUUUGUGGUAGCGGAUUUUCUGGAAAACCAUCGCUGUCGGCAUGUGAUUUGCAACCACAAUUCGGGAACGGCACUUAUAAAAUACCUCGAUACUAUUUCGACAAAAUGACAAAGCAAUGCGAGCUAUUCUUUUACUCUGGUGAAGGUGGCAACGAGAAUCGUUUUCUGAGGAAGCAAAAAUGCGAACGACUCUGUUUGGGAAGGAAGAAUAUGGUGCAUAGCACUCCAAUCACCACCACAACUGUCAGUACUCGGCCUGUAACUAGAACCUUCCAAGAAUUGCACUCAACUGAGGAGUCUCUGGGGUCACACACUACUGUUGCGCCUGUGCCAAUGCCUACUUCUGAAAAACCCAACGUUACAGUGAUUGAAUCAUCGUCUCAGCUCGUUAGCACAUCUUCAGCUAAGACAACCACAGCAGAAUCAUUCCCCACAUUAGUCAACGUCCCAAAAGAAUUCGUACCGCCCUUCCCUCAAUUCACUCUUCUUCCUCAUGACAACACUCCGACUACCACAGAUGCCGAAAAUCUUCCUUUUAAAACGACGACUCGGCCACCGACAACCGUAUCCGAGUCGCUCGAUUCGAUCUUCGAGAAAUUGAUGGCAUCUUCUCCAGCACCGCCUGCUACAGCCAGAACUCUCAGCGCACUUUCCUCCUUUGAGGAGGUCUCCGAACCCCGUACCUCAGUUGCUUUACCUGGCAACUUGAAAUCCAUGGGAAACAGUGAGAGUGGUAGUGACAAAUUUCCAGGAUUUCAUAGUGCAACAAUCCUCCCACAUGCAUCUGAACAAUGGCGAAUUCGACUCCCAGCCAACGAACUUCGCAAACCUGUAUUGCCAGUGGUGGCCGUGACAGAAGCACCAAGGCCGAAUCUUCCUCCUUCACCGUAUGCUCAUAUUAAAGAAACGGAGAAGGUCCAGCCCAUUAUUCCUGCGCCAGUAAAUGAAAACCAUGAACAAAUUCCACACGUAGUCUACAUUUCGCAUCCAAACGGUGAUCCUACUGCCACUCAGGUGAACCUCUAUCCUACCGAACAUCGUCCCGGGAUGUACACCUCGGCCAAUCACAACGUUCUGGCCCUUCAAGAGUUUGAACCCUACGCCAAACUCCGGAAAGCUAAUGUCUCCCAGAAUUCUGUAUGGUUAGCGCAUGGUAUCCGAGCCUUCCAGCAAGUCAUGCAGCAGCAGCGAACCUCCACCAUCACUCCGUUCGAACCCUACUUCGUUGCAAGCAUACCUAGCAGCAUUUCUACGACCGGUUCACCAUCGGAAGAGCGUGUUGCAGUUUUAACGCAAGAAGCACAAAAACCGGACAUUCUUAGCGUCGCAGUUUUUCCGGAGAAUGAUGUUUUGUUAACUGCACAGCCAACAUCAACGAACCAAGAAAAGAUGCAGGCACAGGUGAAUUCCUCUAACGUCUCGCCGUGUCACAUUCCGAUCUACGAUGAUGUGGUGAUAAUGUGCGCCUUAGCGAACGUUACAUGUCCCGUGGGAACGUUUUGCCAAAUCGGUGAAGCGCAGAGCAUCUGCUGUCCAGCACUACCUGAAGCCGCAUGCCAUCAACCUGUCAGACCUGGAAUAGGCCCAUCUUCUCUUCUACGGUGGUACUUCGACCCAGCUGUUAAACAGUGUCUUCCAUUUUCUUUUCAUGGAUUCCAAGGAAAUCAGAACAAUUUCGAGUCGGUGGCACUGUGCGAGUCCGCGUGCAUUUUUCCACAGUUGUGUGACGAAGGAUCGCCUGUGCCUUCUACGAAUGUCAAUGAAAGCUGCUCAUCUUCUUUACCACUCUCUUGCCCGAAAGGAUAUUUCUGUAAAUCGAAUGAAAACUACGGAAUCUCCGCCUGUUGCCCAGAGCCAACACAUUUUCUCAAGAAGAUUUCAUCUCAUCCAGAAAGACUUGCAAAGAGUUGCUUCAUGGAACAAGAUCCGGGAUACGGAUUGGAAAGCAGCCAUCGCUGGUCAUUCGAUGCGAGUUCAUCCAGCUGUGUCUCCUUCAUAUACAACGGAUACGGUGGCAAUCAGAACAACUUUUUGUCACGCAGCGAUUGCGAAUCCGCAUGUAAAACCAUGCGGUCUUGUGAAGAACCAGUAGUAAGUGGUCACGGAAACAAGUUCAUUUCGAGGUUCUUCUAUUCGAGAGAAUACGGUCAGUGCUUGCACUUCAUCUACUCGGGAGAAGGCGGCAACUCAAACAACUUCCCAAAUCUGCACGAGUGCUUCAAGACAUGCAUGGCCGAUAGCCUGCAAUUUCAUUCUCUUCCGGUCAGCACCGAACCAACAUUUGCGUUUGCUUUCAUUUCACGUCCAGUUUGCCCGCAUGGAGAUGUGGCGACUAAUAAUGGAGUUCCAAUUACGUGCGACGCGAUAGAGGGUACUGGUUGCCCUCCGGGUAACGUCUGUACUCCUAUGGAGAUGGGAGCGUACUGUUGUGAAGCGCCUGAGUCUUUUUGCCUUCAAGCUCGGCCGCCACUCUCGGUAUGUUUGUCACCAUCCUCACCUCCAGUGCAACAAAUCCAAUUCACCUACGAUCCAAUGGGCGAUCGUUGCGUACAAUUCACAUACUCCUCGUGCGAACCCUCUCUAAGCCUAAACCAUUUCGCAUCCAGCUCGGAAUGUAGCAGGUUCUGCUGCAAUCAGGGCUACGAUCUUGUCUACAAGAAGCGACUGCUGCUGAUGAAUGACUCGCCACUUUAA